AUCAGAUUUUUUGCAAAAGCUGGUAAGGAAGCACAAUGCACGGAGACAAAAGAUAUAAAAUGGAACAGCCGGACCAUCCCUAACUUCAGUUAACCAAUCAGCGUGCGUUAUAGAAUAGCGUAUGGCCAUCUGUUUGGCGCGUAAUAAAACACGGAAGUUGUUGGCCUGGUCUCAGAAGACGUGAGUGGACACACGCCCCCUAAAACGGGACAAAUACAGAGCAAGGACCGACGGCGGCAAAGGAGCGAAAGUACAGCAAAGGAGUGAAGUCCAAGGAAUUAGGAAAGUGCUUAUAUGAAUUGCUGUUACUGGUAAGACAGAUUGUAUGCUACAUUAAUGAUUGAUCUAUUCAACCAUAGGUCAUAGGCCCCUGAUGUCAAAGAUGUAGUGUUGGGGGUGACAAAGAGGAAUAGGAUCCUCAGUGAAACCAAGGAGGUUAAAAAAAGGCUUGGUGAAACUGAAAUGGAGCAGUCUCUCGACAGGAGCCUGAAAGUGGUGGAGGACGGAAAGCUGCUGCCCUGCCAACAGAGUCCCCGCUGUGGCUGUAUCGUUACUGACUGGAGCGAGGUGUGGCUGGGCUGCUAUGAUGUGCAGGGGACCACCAUUGCCAUCUAUAACUUUGCCAGACAGGACUGGGACGAGGAGAAUGUGAUCGCAAAACAAGACGCAUAUGUCCAGACUAUGGUUUACUGUAACGGCUGUGUGGUGAUCAGCUUUAGAGGACAGACAUGUGACAUGCUGAACGUCUUUGAUGCUGCAACACAUCGGCAACUGGAGGAAUACAUCAUGCCCAGUAUGGUACAGAACAUAGCCUGCUCUUCGUCUCACUUGUAUUUUGGUCUUGCCACCGGGACCGUCAAGUGCUGUCUACACACAGAGCUGCUUCACAGACCCCCCAUCCACUGGACAGCUUGCAAAAGUGGCCCCUUGCCAGUCAAGGCUAUGGUGUGUGUAAGAGAUGACCUGUGGGUGGCAGCAGGUUCUAAGAUCUUGGUAUACACAACCACAGAGUGGACCUGUAAGAAGGAGCUCCUUGCAGAUACAGAGAAUGAGCUAAAUGAGGUGUUUCUGAUGGACAGCUGUGAUGAGGAAGACAGGAUCUGGACUGUCUGCACCAUGAGUGGUGGCAUUGUCACAGGAUGGAAAGGUGCGUCAAUGACUGUAGACAAAGAGAGUAUGUACGACUGUGGUGCACAGGUGAGAAGAUUGUCGGACAGGUGCUCCUCUUCACCAGUCGACAAGAUGCAGGAUGAGACCAUCACCUGUUUGACGUCUUCAUGUGGCCAGGUCUGGGUCGGGACAGGCAUUGGUGUUGUCUUGGUGUGGAACACUGCCUCUCACCAGCUGUGUCGAUUGUUCAGCCCAUUUGAGAACUAUGUUCGCUGCCUCUUGUCAUUCAACAGCGUACAACAUUCAGCAUCUUCCAGCCAUCUAACUCCACAUGCUAAGUCCAUCUUGGUGGUUGGUGCUGGAAAGAAGAAGGGAUCAACAUGUAGGAGUCAAGCUCUACAGACCAGUGGAGCAGGAAGCACUUCACCUUCAAUCAUUGCAAUUUGGAAAGCUUGAUUAAAAGUUAGACUUUUCAUCCACACAAAGCUACAAAGCUUUUUAUAUAUACUCCAGGAUACUUGGUAAUGCAACUUGCAAAACACGGCUGUGUUAGCAUGGCAAGAUUUCACCACAAAACAAUCACAACUAUUUCUCAAGAUCUGACUGAGUUGCCCGACUUAUUGUAACUAUAGCUAGGCUGGAAGGGCUUCACGAGGCUUCCAUCACGUACACCACUGUUUUGUCCAAAACAAGUCUACUUCACAGUGUAGGUGAUUUUUCACUCCCCAAGAUAAUUGGAGAAGACUUGGCACAGUUCCUGAUGAAGAUAUAUCUUCAACAUCUACCUUGAGAAAGAAAAAUCUGGUAUGCUGUAAAGAACAUCUGGUGGCAACUGGCUGACAAAUGGGUAGAGUGUCUAGCUUAAAAUGAGUUUCUGCUAGAUCUACCACCAUCUGCUUGGUGUACUUGUGGUCUUGGGUUGGGACCACUGAUUCUGCUUGGCCUUUGAUAAAUGCAUUGCAAAAGCACUGAUUCAAACAAGAAAGUGGGCUGAAAGUUCAUUUAUUUCAAGUUGUAUAUAUUUGCAAGGCACAAAGCUGGACAUGUUUGGAUUUUUUGCCAUCUUAAUACUGACAAAUAUUAUUUGUGCUCUGAUGAAUUAAUGACCUCUACCUCAAUGCAAAUUUGAUGAAAAUUUGUUGCUAUGGCUCUUCCUGCACUGCAUUUGUUGAAAAAUGGUAAUGUAUUAGCAUGAUGAUACAUGUAUUUAAGCUUGACAGGAGCAUUAACAUGUUUAUGUAUUACAUAAAUAUGCACAGUAUAUUGAAAAUUCAUGUUAACAAUUGCAGCUCACAAGUAUUGCAGUAAUAAACUUGUCAUAAAUAAUAGAGACAGGAGAGCCAUGUACACCUGAUGUUUUAAUACUCCUUGUAAUAUGGAAAGUGUCAUACAUGAUGCUUAUGUACACAUGGGGCAUGAAAUGGAAUGCUAUGUAGAGGCAGUGUCUAUGGGAAAUACAUCUACAAACUGAACACACAAAAUAAUAAGAAGAAUGUGUGAAAUAAACAGCACAUGAAUAGUGUCAAUGAAGGAAAACUAUUAAUGGUACCAGCAGCAAUAUAUGGAAUGCAGGUGUUAAAGAUUCAUAAGCCUUUAAUUGCACAUCUGCCUUUACUUGUCACUGUUUCAGGACCUCUUUCUGCAAAAAGGACUUUCCAAAAGUGGACUAAUAACUGUCAGAGAUGAACUUUCUUUUGACCUUUUUACUUGCCAUGUGCCUGAGGUAACAACCCCACAAAUCCACCUCACCCUUAGGUGUCCUUCAGAUAUUGCUGGCAUUUAGAGCAGGUGUUUACAUCAAAAGCUAAUGGGGAAUAUGUCAACUCAGAGUAUCUUUACAGAUUACAGGAUUUUUAGCCAGCC